UGCCAGCCGAAAGGGCGGGCAGGCUCCUGGCAGCAUGGCUGUGAAGCUCAGGGCCCUCCUGCUGGUCCUUGCACUCAGCCUGGCGCAGCCAGCCGCGGCUGGCCGGAAGCUCCUGGUGUUUCUGCUGGAUGGUUUUCGCUCUGACUACAUCAGUGAUGAGGCCCUGGAGUCCUUGCCUGGUUUCAAAGAGAUUGUGAGCCGGGGAGUAAAAGUGGAUUACUUGACCCCCGACUUUCCUAGUCUGUCUUACCCCAAUUACUACACCCUAAUGACUGGCCGCCAUUGUGAGGUCCACCAGAUGAUUGGGAACUACAUGUGGGACCCCACCACCAACAAGUCAUUUGACAUUGGUGUCAACAGAGACAGCCUGAUGCCUCUGUGGUGGAAUGGAUCAGAACCUCUGUGGGUCACUCUGACCAAGGCCAAAAGGAAGGUCUACAUGUACUACUGGCCAGGCUGUGAAGUGGAGAUUCUUGGGGUCAGGCCUACUUACUGCCUAGAAUAUAAAAACGUCCCGACAGAUACCAAUUUUGCCAAUGCUGUGAGCGAUGCUCUUGACUCCCUCAAGAGUGGCCGGGCGGACCUGGCGGCCAUAUACUAUGAGCGCAUUGAUGUGGAAGGCCACCACUAUGGCCCCUCGUCGCCUCAGCGGAAAGACGCCCUGAAGGCCGUGGACACCGUCCUCACGUACAUGACCAAGUGGAUCCAGGAGCGGGAGCUUCAAGAGCACCUCAAUGUCAUCAUCUUCUCAGAUCACGGGAUGACCGACAUUUCCUGGACGGACAAAGUGAUCGAGCUGAAUAAGUACAUCAGCCUCAAGGACGUGCAGCAAGUGAAAGACCGAGGGCCCGUCGUGAGCCUCUGGCCAGCCCCGGGGAAGCACUCUGAGAUAUAUGACAGACUGAGAACAGUGGAACACAUGACUGUCUACGAGAAAGAAGCCAUACCGAGCAGGUUCUACUACAAGAAAGGGAAAUUUGUCUCUCCUUUGACCUUAGUGGCUGACGAAGGAUGGUUCAUAACUGAGAAUCGAGACACACUUCCUUUUUGGAUGAACAGCACCGGCAAGAGGGAAGGCUGGCAGCACGGGUGGCAUGGCUACGACAACGAGCUCAUGGACAUGAGGGGAAUCUUCCUGGCCUUUGGCCCCGAUUUCAAAUCCAACUUCAGAGCUGCUCCGAUCAGAUCCGUGGAUGUCUACAAUGUCAUGUGCAACGUGGCGGGCAUCACUCCCCUGCCCAACAACGGCUCCUGGUCCAGGGUGAUGUGCAUGCUGGAGGAGCAGGCCGGCUCGGCUCUGUCUGUCCGGCUGAACGGCUGGCUUCUGGUCUCAAUUCUCCUCCUACUGUUCGUAUAGAUGUUGCUAUUGUUGUCCCCAAAUGUUCAGCCAAGGGUGCCUCCACGGUGGGAUGGUUUUCAUUUUCUAUUUGAAUAAUAGCUUCCUUAACGCAAUCAAGGCCACCAAAAUUGUAAAUGUACUGUUCUUGGAUGAUUCCA